GUGACGCAGAAUCUCGCGAGAGUAGAGGAGGAGGCGGAGCCCGGCGGGACCAUGGCUGACAGUGACGGGGAGACGCUGGAGUCCUGGCUGAAUAAAGCCACAAACCCCUGCAACCGCCAGGAGGACUGGGAGUAUAUCAUCAGCUUCUGCGACCAAGUCAACAAGGAGCUGGAGGGUCCUCAGAUUGCCGUCAGGUUGCUAGCACACAAAAUCCAGUCCCCGCAAGAAUGGGAAGCUCUGCAGGCCCUAACUGUUCUGGAGGCCAGCAUGAAGAACUGUGGCAGGAGGUUCCAUAGUGAAGUCGGCAAAUUCCGCUUCCUAAAUGAGCUGAUUAAAGUUGUGUCCCCAAAGUAUCUCGGAGACAGGAUUUCAGAGAAGGUAAAGAGCAAAGUGAUUGGGCUCCUGUAUAGCUGGACCGUGGCCCUUCCCGAGGAGACCAAGAUCAAGGAGGCUUACCACAUGCUGAAGAGGCAGGGUAUCAUUCUUGCAGACCCCGAAAUCCCUGUAGACCAUACCCUGGUUCCUUCCCCUCCCACAAGACCCAAGAAUCCCAUCUUUGAUGAUGAGGAGAGAUCCAAGAUUUUGGCGAGACUAUUAAAAAGUAAAAACCCAGACGAUCUUCAGGAAGCAAAUAAGCUGAUUAAAUCCAUGGUGAAGGAGGAUGAAGUGCGUAUGCAGAGAGCGAGUAAGCGAACUCACACCUUGGAAGAAGUGAGUAACAACGUGAUGCUGCUGCAGGAGAUGCUGACCCAUUACAGCAAGGACGACUCUUCUGAUGGGGACAAGGAACUUAUGAAGGAACUGUAUGAAAGAUGUGAAAUGAAGAGGCUCGCCCUGUUCAAGAUGGCAAGUGAGACAGAGGAUAACGAUAGUGCUUUGGGCGACAUCUUGCAGGCUAGUGACGAUUUAUCUCGGGUCAUCAACAUGUACAGGAAAGCCGUGGAAGGUCAAGACAUCAACGGGGACAUCAGCCUUCCGGACACACAUAGCAAAAAAGGAGACACCAGCCACAAGGACCUUUCCACUCUCAUCGAUUUGGCAGACUCCGAGGAGGCAUUUAUCCCCCAAAAGGAUCCUGAGCCAUUUUUACCAGUGCCAACAGAACAAGCAAAGCCAGAGCAGCCAUCUGCACUGAUUCCCAUUCUCCCUCCUCCUCCGCUAGUUCCCACCCACUCUCGCGGAUACUACUCCAACACGGAUCACUUUCUCACUCAGAUGAAAAGCGCAUCAGACUCCCUGUGUCUUCUGGAUGAGGAGCUUUUGCAUUUAGGUUUGGAUGAUCCAGCACCAAGCACACAAUCCAAUGUGUCCCAGAGCACCAUGGGUGAUAUUCUUCAGGUGGAACAGAGCGAAUUAGACUUCUUUGGACCAGGACCAGACCGUGAUCCCAUGGCCCCAACAACAGCUUACCAAAUGCAGACAAUGCCCCUGCAGCCCUUAUGCCCAACUACUAUUUCUCCACUCUAUUAUGCACACAGCUCUGCUACUGUGUUUAGUAGUUUGCCCACAGGACCCCUAAUGGUUCCCACAGCAGUCCCUCCGAUGGGCAGACUACCGCUGGAAGCCAUUGGACCGCAGUUCAUGGAGGCAGCUGUAUGCAGCUCAGCUUCUAUCCAGGUAAGACCUCAACUCCCUAUGGGGGUCAUGCAUGUUUCUGCACAGUUCCCUCUGCCUGUGGCUCCAGGAAGUCCCCUUUUCCUGCCACUGCAACAAGGAAGCCCCCAGAAAGGCUCCGAUAUCUCCCUUUCAGCUGUGAAUGUCCCCUUGGGAACAAUAAAACCAAGCUCACUUCUUCCUGUCACCGCCUAUGACAAAAAUGGCUUCCGAGUCCUCCUGCACUUUGCCAAGGAGUGUCCGCCUGGACGACCUGAUGUAUUGGUGGUGGUGGUCUCCAUGCUGAAUACAGCCCCCAUGCCAGUCCAGAAUAUUCAGCUGCAGGCAGCAGUGCCCAAGACCAUGAAAGUAAAACUGCAGCCUCCAUCUGGGACAGACCUAUCACCAUUUAAUCCUAUCCAACCCCCCGCAGCCAUCACACAGGUCAUGCUACUGGCAAACCCGCUGAAGGAGAAGGUCAGACUUCGGUUUAAGUUGUCCUUCGUGCUGGGGGAGGAGCCAAGCACAGAGGUGGGAGAAGUGGACCAGUUCCCAGAGCCUGAUCUAUGGGGGAUCCUAUGACCGCAAAUCGAUUGUCUCGCUUAGACUGUGACUCAGAGCGGAAUGUAACACUACUCCCAAGUUCCACAUUGUUUACAUGUUCUUUCUGAGCUGUGCCGUUUUGCAGCCAACAGAUGGAGGAUGAGAGAGACCCUCACCGCACUUUAUUUCACAUUCUUCUGAGCGCGCUCUCUCAGCUCCUGUUCUGUCACCCGAAGCUUGUCUGGGUUAUUCUCUCGGCACUCAUCGCCAAAGGUUUGGUGUAUUAAGCAGUGGAAGGAGUUCAUUCUCCUAAGGUUCAGUUUCAAAAUCCAAACCCGACAGGCCCUUUUUUUUUUUCCAUCCCUGAAGUCUUUUCCUCCCCCAUAACUGUGACAUGGUGGAUGAUCAGUCUCCAGUGAGUAUUUCCUUAGUAGGCAGUAUUAUUAUUUAAGUGUUAUUGACAGAAUAGGCAUGUAACCAGGCACCCCUGCACCUCAGUUGCCUGGUAACAUGUUCCUCCUUGCACUGUUUAGUUAGUUUACAAGUCUCUCCUGCAGAUUACCAGGCCCCAUGGCACCAGCUAUGUAACAAUCCAUGUGGGUUUUUGCUGUUUGAUUUCUACUGAAAAUCAGGACCAAAAUACAAUCAAGGGGAACUGUUCCACAAGUGACUUACCUGUAAUGAUUCAACUACUGGUGAACAAGAUAUCCCUUGGUUUGGGCAGUGCAGUUCAUCACAUGUGGCACAGGAUACCCAUCACUGACCUAGAGCAGUGGCUUUGUCUCUUAAGCAAACUGCUCACACUGGAAGCCAUUAGCUGUUUGUCCCUUGCCCAGUGGGACCGCAGCUGGAAAUCACUUAGGAUGAACAGGUCUGCUUUUUGUUUUGUUUUUUGUGCAAAAAAUGUUUGAAAAAUGUCUGAUCAUAGUUUCAAAUCUGGAGUUUGCAUGUUAAAUAAAGCUGUUUGUUCUCUAA